CGUAAACCUGUCUUGCGUGCCUAAACGUGGGUACGAUUGCAAGCACGUUAGUUUUGUGACAUGGAAAAUAUAUCGGUAAAUCUUAAUGCACCACCAAGUUCAGCAUCGUCGGAUAGCGACGCAAGUGAACCGAAGGAGUGCGAAACGCUAGAUCUCAACGUUGGAGUCCAUUCGAGCGACAGUGGCUACGAAGUGGAAAUGCAACCGGACUGCUGUCCGGCCUCGCCGGCCACGGUACCGACGAAAACGACACGUUCGAACUCGUUCGGAUCGCAGCUUCGUUCACCGAAACCCCGGCGCCAGCGAACAACAUCGGUGAAUCAGAAUACCAUCAACUCGAACGAGGCGAUAAUUCGGUCCAACAAUCGCACGAUCUACACAGCCGGCCGUCCACCGUGGUACAAUUGUGCUGGGCAGCAGGUGGAACCGUUCGUGAUAGGUAUCUGCGGCGGGAGCGCGUCGGGUAAAACAACCGUUGCGCAGAAGAUCAUUGAAAGCUUGGACGUGCCGUGGGUAACGCUACUAUCGAUGGAUUGUUUCUACAAAAUACUGAACAACAAACAGCACGAACAGGCGAACCGGAACGAGUACAACUUUGAUCAUCCGGACGCAUUUGAUCUGGACUUGAUGAAAGAUGUGCUACAGCGGCUCAAGGAGGGCCGGAAGGUCGAAGUGCCGGUGUACAAUUUCGUAACCCAUUCGAGAGAAAUACACACGAAAACAAUGUACGGUGCGAACGUUAUUAUUUUCGAAGGCAUCCUAACGUUCCAUAGCAAGGAAAUUCUUAAGAUGCUGGACAUGAAAAUUUUCGUCGAUACAGACGCGGACAUUCGACUGGGGCGACGACUUAAGCGAGAUAUAAUGCAGCGUGGCCGUGAUUUGGAGGGUGUACUGAAACAAUAUUCUACCAUGGUGAAACCUGCGUAUAGUUGCUACAUUGCCCCAACCAUGGCACAUGCCGACAUCAUAGUGCCACGCGGAUCGAGUAACAUUGUUGCCAUUCAGCUAAUUGUGCAACACGUGCACACUCAGUUGCAGUUACGAGGAUUCAAGCUACGGGAAGCAUUAGCGCAUUCCUACAUUGGACAACCGAUGCCGGAUUCGCUAAAGCUGCUUCCAACCACGCCGCAAAUUAAAGGUCUCCACACGUUUAUACGAAAUGCCAACACAGCGCGCGAUGAGUUCAUAUUUUACUCGAAGCGUUUGAUUCGUCUAGUGUUGGAGUAUGCGCUGAGUCUGUUACCUUUCCGAGAUGUGGAGGUGGAAACGCCUCAGAAUAUGCCGUACAAGGGCAAACGUAUGGCAUGUCAGAAAAUCUGUGGCGUAUCAAUUUUGCGCGCAGGAGAAACUAUGGAGCAAGCAGUAAGCGAUGUGUGCAAGCACAUUCGCAUUGGAAAGAUUUUAAUUCAAACGAAUCAACUUACGGGAGAACCAGAGCUUUACUAUUUGCGUCUUCCGAAAGACAUUAAAGACUAUCGGGUGGUGUUGAUGGAUGCGACAGUUGCGACAGGGGCUGCAGCUAUAAUGGCCAUUCGGGUGCUGCUAGAUCACGAUGUACCCGAGGAGAAUAUUAUGCUCGUGUCUUUGCUGAUGGCAGAAAUCGGAGUACAUUCAAUAGCGUAUGCGUUUCCCAAAGUGCAGAUAGUAACGUCUGCGCUUGAUCCGGAGAUCAAUGAAAAGUUUUACGUCAUACCCGGUAUUGGCAAUUUCGGUGAUCGUUAUUUUGGCACCGAGCCAACGGAUCCGUCAUUGCUAUAUGAAUAGCAAGUAAACAAAUCAACAACUUAAAACCAAUAACCCGCUAUUGUGCGUUAAUGUUGGAUGCACAGGCGCAAUUACUGGGUUUGGAUCCCGCUCGCAAUGAAUUCGUUCUCCCAUAUGACAGAUCGUCCUCGAUGCUUCAGAACGUUUAAAUGAUUAGCAUCUCUUAUUCAAUUUUAAGUUAUAUCAUUUUAAAGCAUAGUGCAUCCUUAGUUAAGCAACUUUUGGCAAUUAGGUACGUUUAACUAUAGUUGUGUAGGAAAAAAAACAUAGGCACAUCUGAGCUUUGUUGAAAAAUAGAUCCAAUAAUGUUCUUCUAUAAUCUUUCAACUCUACGUUGUUUUUGUGUAAUAAUAAACGUGUUCAACAAUGAUGCAUUCAUAA